AUGAGUUCAAAUGCCGAUAUAAAGAAAUCUCUGCAAGAUCAACUCGGUGAAUCAUCUUUUGCCGAGUUUGAUCUAACCAGUCAAGAAGUUGUUAUUCGAUGGAUAUCAACAGAUAAGAAAGAAAAUGAAUAUAGUCCAGGCACUGUAUUAACAAUUUUUGAUGCAAGCGGUGAUCGUUUACUCAAUAACAUAGACAACCUUGUUUUCAUGUUCUUUGCUAAAGAAACACAAGAUAAUGAUAUGGAUGAGAAUGCCAUUGAAAAUGGAGAUGACCAAACAAGCGAACAACCCACACCUACAGAAUCCAAUCAGUUAGCGCCUAAUAAAACAAAAAAGAAAGUUCUAAAUUUCGAAGAACAAAUAGAUUUAUCUUACAGUCACAAGGAUCUUAGAUUCAAAAAUGGCACUGGUUUUUGUUUCUCAAAAAGGAAAGAUUGUAAAGUUCCUGAACAAUCAAUUGAAACAAAAUUAUAUUUACUUGAACUUCACUUGAAUAAAGAUGGAAAUGCGAAACCAUCUAGUAAUUCAGAAACAGGAGAGAGUAGUACUAAUCGAUUAGAUCUUCUGGUCAAAAUACUUGAAUACGUUUUAAAACAUAAUACUUAA